AUGAGUUCGUUUUUGAUGAACCCGUCCGGCGGAGCCCAGGCGUCGGCGGGCGCGGCGACGGCGGUGUCCGCCGUCGGGUACCACCAGCUGCACCACCAGCACCACGCGCCGCACCAGCCGCAGCACCAGCAGCUGGCGCCGCAGCCGCAGCAGUUGCUGGUCGACCCCAAGUUCCCGCCGAGCGAGGAGUACAGCCAGAGCAACUACAUCCCGGCCGACUUCUUCGGCAGCGCCGCGGCGCAGUACCAGGCCCCGCAACAGCCGUGCGGCCCGCAUCCUCCCCCGCAGCCGCUGACGCCCGCCAACAGCGGAGGCGGCACGCCGAGCCCGCCGCCGCCGCCUCCGCCGCCCCCGCAGGCGGCCCAGCCGCCCCCGGGGGCGGCGGUGACCGCCGCGCAACCCCAGCCGCAGCCGCAGGGGCCGCCCAGCGGGGCGGAUAACCUGGAAGACGACCAGGAGGACGAAGAGGCGGAGGAGGCGGAACCGGACGACAGCUCCGGGUCCGGGGAGCGAAUCAUCUACCCGUGGAUGAAGAAGAUCCACGUCGCUGGAGUCGCGAACGGGUCGUACCAGCCGGGCAUGGAGCCGAAGCGCCAGCGCACGGCCUACACGCGCCACCAGAUCCUGGAGCUUGAGAAGGAGUUCCACUACAACCGCUACCUGACGCGCCGCCGGCGCAUCGAGAUCGCGCACACGCUGGUGCUGUCCGAGCGCCAGAUCAAGAUCUGGUUCCAGAACCGCCGCAUGAAGUGGAAGAAGGACAACAAGCUGCCCAACACCAAGAACGUGCGCCGCAAGACGAACCCGGCGGGCGCGCCCGUCGCCGCCGCCUCCGGGGGCAAGGGGGGCAAGUCGAGGGCCAAGGACGCUGGAGGCGGGGGCGGCGGGGGUGGAGGCGGCGCCGCUGUCACCGCCAGCGCCAAGAGGACGGCCAACAGGUCAGUCUCUCCGGUCUGUAUUUCUCACUAA